CUUCUCCCGCCACCGCCGCUUGCUGCCCAAUCCCGAGACCGGAAUUUUCAUCUUUGCAACUUUCUUCAGAUCGUGUGCAAACGAAUUUUAUCAGCGCAAUCCGACACUUUGCAACCACUUUUUACCACCGACUCUCGCCUUUUGUUAAAGGUGCACUCUCAAAACCUCCUCUGAGCGCAUUCUCUCAGAUCAGAGAGACUGCUUGAUGGGCCUUGCGACGGUUCGCUGUAUUUUGCAUUAAUAUAAAGUACAACAACACUCUUCCGGCUUCUUCCGCUCGUCCAGGCUCACGCAUCUCGGUGGCCGCUAUUGCUCCUCAGUCGAUCAAUAACCCACAAGAUGCCAGGCCCGACUCGGUUUUCUUUGCUGUUUGCAGCGUAUCCGACAAUCACAGCUGCGAUAUUGCUGGCUUUUCGCCGACUGCAGCACCCGUUUUUCGACCGGAUAAUAGCGCAGCCAGCACAACAAGUACGCUUCUUUCACCGUACUGCCAAUAACGCUCUUGCAAUUACAGCACCAGCUGGAGCGGCUACUGCUACCUACUCUUCUUCGCAAAAUAUCGGCGGCACUGCGAAUGUGGGGAACGGACCGAAUAACGUGCCGACAAGUAACGGCGGGUUCAGCUAUCUGAUUAGUCCUUCGUUUCGCCCCAAGAACCGCAGAUCUUCAAGCGGAAAGCCGAGGCAGCGAAAGACAACUCGGCCAGACUCUGGCGAGGACAGUUUCUUCUACGCAAAAAUCGGCGAGUCUGACUCGAUUGCGCUUGGUGUGAUUGACGGUGUGGGCGGAUGGAAUGAAAUUGGAGUCGAUGCAACUGAUUUCAGUCAUACCUUGGCCGAAACUAUGUCAGAGCUCACCUCAAAGCUGCAAAUCGUGUCAGAAUACUCGUUCCCGCCUCUUGUCUUGCUCGACGCUGCCUACACUGCCGUCAAAAAUUCAGGCCAGGUCAAAGCCGGCGGCUCGACCGCUUGUGUUGGAGUUGCUCACAGCAACGGCACUCUGCAGGCAGCCAAUCUGGGCGAUUCCGGAUUUUUUAUAUUUAGAGAUGGAAAGCUACACUACAUGUCUGACCCUCAGACCCAUUUCUUCAACGCGCCUUACCAACUGGCUAUCAUUCCCCAGCAAAUCGUCGAGGAAAACGCUCGUCGUGGCGGCAAGAACUUUGACGACAAACCGAGCGACGCCAGUUUAUCCACCCACAAGCUGAAACACGGAGACGUCGUGGUGUUUGUAACUGACGGUAUUCUCGACAACUUGGCGCCGCAGGAUUGUUUGCGGAUAGUCAACGAGGAGAUGGUCAUCAACGGAAACUGGAUCGUUGACAGGCGCUCGGGUGAUAUCCAUGCAAAUGCCAGCGACAAGCAGUACACUGGUGUUGAAUCGUUAGCCAAGCGGAUAGUGGGCGCGGCAUUCAAGGCUAGUAUCGACCCCAAAACAGACGGCCCUUUUGCCAAAGAAGCGCAAAGGCAAGUUAAGGUCCUCUACAAGGGUGGCAAGCCUGACGACAUUACCGCCGUGGUGAUGUUUGUGCAGCAGCCCUUAGGCGGACGGCCCCAGGAAAAGUUAUAG